GAACUUCAGAUAAAAACUUUGGAGUACUAGAUAAACGUUUGGCACUGAAACCAGACAAGUUUAUUCCUGAUUCUGUUUUGUACAUUUUUUGGGGGGAUUCAUCUAAAUAGUUGCGACGGAAUUAUCCUAUGGACUUGAGGAGAAUUUUUCCUGUAGUUUUGUUGUAGGGACACAUAUCGCGGAGGAAAAUAUAGGCCUUAACCUCUACUCUCCGCCUCUUUAGGUCUGCCCUACAUCUGUCUUCUUCUGGUCCGUUGCAGUGUGCACAGCGGUCUGUACUCUGCCCCACAUACUUUUAUUUGGCCAUCCUCAACACCACCCGCUUGGCAGUCGCUGCAUGCGUAAAAGUCGCCGCGCUGCGCUUGGAAAUGUAGCUUUUUUGCGCACGACGAGGUCUUAAAAAUGGACUUACGAUCCGAACUUCUUAAAUCCAUCUGGUACGCUUUUACAUCGCUGGACGUGGAGAAGUGUGGGAAAGUGUCCAAGUCACAGUUAAAGGUGCUUUCCCAUAACCUGUACACGGUUCUGAACAUCCCACAUGACCCUGUGGCUCUGGAGGAGCACUUUCAGGAUGAUGAUGAUGGGCCAGUGUCUAAUCAUGGUUACAUGCCCUACCUCAACAAAUAUAUACUGGACAAGGUCAAAGAGGGGAUGUUUGACAAGGAGAAGUUUGACGACCUGUGCUGGAUGAUGACCAGGAAGAAGAACUUUAAGGGGGUACCAGAGGGGUCGCUGCUAUCAGAAAGAGACUGUUUCAAGCUCUUCUGUUUAUUCAACCUCCUGUCUGAGGACCGCUACCCGCUGGUGAUGAUAACAGAGGAGCUGGAGUAUCUCCUCAAGAAAAUCUCCACAGCCAUGAGCCAAGAGUGGGAUGAGAAGCCGUUGGAGGACAUAAUAUCCCAGGAUGCCUCAGUGCGGGACGAUGGCAUGUCUGUAUGGAGCUUCCUAGAGCAUAUGAGUGCAGGCCGGCUGCUGAGGGUCACCAGUGCCGAGGCCUUCAGUCUGGCUUUGGACGAGGUUUUUCUGGAAAUGUAUCACAACGUACUGAAGAGGGUGAGUUACUGUUUUUGUCAUAAAGUCUCUCUUAAUGUUGAUCUUUUUGUUCAUUUUUUCCUUCGUUUUCAGGGUUAUAUGUGGAAAAAGGGACAUGUAAGAAGGAACUGGACAGAGCGUUGGUUUGUGCUGAAGCCCUUCUCCAUGGCUUACUACGUCAGCGAGAACCUGAAAGACAAGAGAGGGGAGAUCCUGCUGGAUAAGAGCUGUGUGGUAGAGCCUAUUCCCGACAGAGAGGGGAAGCGUUGUAUGUUCUGUGUGAAAACUCACAAUAAAACCUUUGAGAUGAGUGCAUCAGACCAGAGACAGAAGGUGGAGUGGACUCAAUCUAUUCAGACAGCCCUCCGUCUCCAGAGUGAAGGCAAGACCUCCCUUCACCAAGAACUCAAAGUGAAGAGGCGGAUCCAUCGUGAACACAGCCAGCGGGAGCGCUCCAGGAGCUCUCGGAGCAGCUGCAGCAGUCGGAGCAGCCAAUCAGACGACUUGAAUAUCCAAGAGAUGGAAAAGACUGAGAAAGACAAAGAUAGACAAGAUUUAGAGAUAGAAAGCAUCAUACAGCAUGCACGUGAGCUGGAAACCAGACGAAGGGAAGCAGAGGAAAGAGAGAGGAGGAAACAGAAGGAGGUGCAGAUGGAGCUGGAGAGACAGCUGAAAGAGGCAGAAAGUUUGAGAGACAGCUUACAGGCUGAGAUGCAGGAGAAGGACAGAGAGGCGGCGCAGCAGAAGAAGAGGAUCCAUGAUUUAGAGUUGACGCAGCGGAAACUGGAGGCUGCCCUCCACAUGGAGAUUCAGGCACGACAGGAGGAGGAGAGGGCCAGGCAGGAGCUGGAGAGGUUGCUGCAGGUGGAGGAAGAGAAGAAGAAGCAGUUCCAGAUCCUCCAGGAGAAGCAGAGGUCUGCAAAGAGCCUCAGCACCAUACAGGAGGCCCCAGACGGCAGCAUAGAUGAAGACACCCCCUCUGCUCUUCACUCUGCCUCCAAGGAGCUUCAGGACCUAAGGGCUUCUCGCCAGAGAAGCCACCAGCACCUGGAGGAAGUACAAGAGAGGCUGAGAAAUGCCAGUCAACAUGUGCGGCACUGGAACGUCCAGCUGAACCGCCUGAUGACUCCCAUUACUCCUGGAGAACGUUUGGAGUAUCGCCUAUCAAAAAGCACGUGCCCCAAAAAGGAAGGAGCGCUGGCGAGUAACGAGUUCAUCUCUAAGUACAAGAUAAGAGCCGGUCUGAACAUGGGGGUACCAGAGGACGGCGAGAGACUGGAGGAGCAGCUGGAGGCUGCAAACCUGUCUGAUGGAUUAGAUGAAUCACAGGGAAAACCCAACGGACAAAUGUGAUCUCUAUGGUGACAAUCAAGGGGGAAUGUUUCCAAACCUGAAAGAGGCAUGAUAAUGAAAUUCAUCACUGAUGUAGCGGGGAGUCAAAGCAGAGAGGAUGAGGAAAAGUGUUCAAUUGUAUUUAUAUGUUUGAAUGCACACUAAGAUUGACAGUGAAUAUGCAGAAUUUGGUGAAACACAUCUAAAUAAUUUCAACUGAGAUUUACAGUUUUGUACAAU